AUUUCUUUAUCCCGACCUCAUCGCGUGAGGAUGCCAAGUGGCGGCACAGACAAGGCUAAGGAAGCGGCGGCGGAUCCAAGCGCGGCGAGACAGCGCUUGAUCUUCCUCUUCACGUAUGCUGCAUACACAGCAGUGUACUUCACGCGAAAACCGUUUUCCGUUGCCAAGUCGACCUUGAUGGCUGAACGCGUCCACACGGAGAGCGAACUUGGCCUCAUCGACACGGCGUUCCUCGUGUCAUAUGCUCUGGGGCAAUUUGUUUCGGGCCCUGUCGCGUCGCUUCUGGGGUCCAAGCGUGGUCUUGCGGUAGCAUUCGUGGGCACGGGUGUGUGCUCUUGGGUAUUUGGAUCAAGUCCGUCAAAGGAGGUGAGGUCGGCUGCGUGGUUCGCGAACGGCCUCUUUCAAGCGUUCUUCUUUCCCUUUAUCAUGGAUAUCCUGCGUGCUUGGUUCCCACCGUCGAGCCGCGGUAAAGUCCUGGGCUUGUGGACCACGUGCCAGCAAUUGGGCGGAUUCGCAACCAGCGCGUUCGGCGCGUAUGUCCUCAGCACGUCGACGUGGCACAACGUUUUUGUCUUGCCAGCCGUUGUCUCGUUCGUGUUUGCCUUCUUGUCUAUGUCCGUGCUCCAAGUGUCUCCUGGUCAAGUUGUCCCAACGUCGUCGUCGUCGCCUGCCAAGUCACCGUCGUCGCCGUGGACAGUUCCCCACUUGACCAAUGUCGGCAGCGCCUACUUUUGCAUCAAGCUGGUUCGGUACACGUUUCUGGGGUGGCUGCCAUUCUACCUAACUGCAGUGCUGCAGUACUCCGCUGCUGAAAGCGUUCUCUUGUCUACCGCGUUUGAUCUCGCUGGCACCGUUGGCAGCGUCGUCUGUGGGUUUACGUCUGACAAGUGGUGUGGCGGGUAUAGUGCGCGCAUCGUCGCCCCGAUGUGCAUCCUCUGCGGUGUCGGUACGGUGCUGUACCCGCACAUCGCUUCCACGAGCCAGAUGGCCAACAUAGCGGUCAUGGCAGCAGUCGGGCUCUUUGUCGCGGGCCCGGACUCGAUGCUUGGGGGUGCCGCGUGCGCUGAAAUUUGCGAGCGCGAUGGCCAGCCAGCUGCUGCAACCAGCGCCACCGGGAUUGUCAACGGCAUGGGGUCGCUCGGGGCCAUUGCGUCUGGCAUGCUUCCGAUCCUCGUGAAGGAAACGUACGGCUGGAACGUGUUGUAUUACACGAUGGGGGGCCUCUGUCUUGCGGCGGGAGUGCUGCUGCUCCCGCUGACAACCCCGAGAACGACACCACACAAGAAAACCACAUAAAUCGUUCAAUUUCAAAUUAGAUGGGUAUUUCGGAUAUUUGUAACAUUGAACAGGAUACGGGAAUUCCA